ACGUCUACAGUGAAUAUUCAAGAUGGCGAUUAAUUCCACCUUGGUUAGGACUCUUGCGCCCAUACUGCUAUCCGAUGAUGAAGUCAGUAAUUCUACGGAGGUUUCGCCGCACCGACACGAUGGGAAAAUGAUGUUUACUGUGAUAAAAGUGGUGUACGCCAUCGGCAUAGUGGGUAAUGCUUCCGCGAUUGUGGCGUUGCGGUGGGGCGAGAGAAGAGUCAGAAACAGAAAGCACCUGUUGCUUCUGACGUCGUUGGCAGCUAAUGACUUAGUCGCUUUGGUCGGCAUGAUGUGCGCAAUGGUUGUGGCAGAACACGUACCUGGCGCGCGGAACACGCAACUGUACUGCGUCGUCAGGGUCGUGCUCAGGGUGUUCGGCAUUGGCAGCGUGUGCAUUGCUGUCACUAUGGCACUGGAGCGGUACCUGGCGCUCACAAGACCAUUCCUGUAUCAAAAGCAAGUGACGUACUUCGUGAUCCGCAUGGCGCUGCUGGUGUCGUGGUUCUGGGCGGCGGUGCUGACCUGCGCGCCCAUAUUUGGACUGGGGCUCUACUACGACGAGGCGAAGGGUCAAUGCACUCGGUACAGGAACGCUGUCACCUCUGUCGACUUCGCUUACGGAGUGUUUUAUGUGGUCUUCGGAACGUUGUUAUGCGUGAUCCUAGUGUACUGCAACUUGGCUGUGAUCCAAGCUCUGUACUCUAUCACUGCGCCGAGGCCGGGAGGGCAGCCGGUGGUGCGCCGCGUCUCCAGGAGUUCCUGUCGCCAGAGGAGCAUGAACACUGGAAGCAAACCCAGCCUGAACCAUAACCCGGCGACUGCUGAAGAAGUCGCGUUCAGUAGACUGAUGGCUACGCUCUCUGUGCUGUUUAUGAUAUGCUGGCUCCCGCAAAUGGUCACCUCCGCGCUGUACCUAGGCUUGGGUCAGAGUUAUUGGCAGAAGCUGGCAACACUGGCGAACUUGUCAGACAUGUUGAUGCUACUCAACUAUGUCCUGAACCCCAUUCUGUACGUGCUCAUGAGGCAAAGACGGACCAUCUACCACACGAUAGCGCAUUGCUUCAAAGGGAGUCACAAAACCUCCACGGAGUCCAUGACGCUGAAGAACUCGUGUUGCCCCCAGGAGACGCUCGUGGUUAGCGACAGUUCUGGUGCAGAGAUGAAACCUCUACGGACCCUCCCGCCCCCAUACCAGAACACUCCAUUGGUGAAGCUUGACGACUGACACAGGGCAAGGAAGAAAGGGACGACUAUAUGUCAGUCGGUGCACCGUCGGAAUUCAAAAUUUACGAACAAUUCGUCGGGCUUGG